CCGUUCUGUUCGUACUCGGAGCUACGCCGACCCCAACCCCACUCUUCUCGGCCUCUCGAUCUCCGCGCGGCGUCCCCUCGCUCCCUCCGCCGCCAUCUCCGUCUCCUCCCUCGGCCUCUGCCCUCUGAUCCCUCUACCCCUCCGGCAGAUGGCAGUGGCCAAGUCCCGGACGGUCGUCGAACCUUCGGCUCAGUUCGACCUGUCCACUGCCACUCCCAACAUCCAAAUCAGCUCACUCGUCGCCGCUUCCACCCCCUCCGAUUCCCAGACCCUAAUCUACAUCGGCACCAAAUCCGGAGCCCUCGUCUUGCUCCAGCUCACUGAAGGCAACAACCUCUCGUUCCUCCGGAGUGUUUCGAUCGUCCAAGACUCGCCGGUGGAGUCCCUGCACGUGCUCUCCGAGGCCGGCAAGGUUCUUGUUCUCGCAAAUGGGUUCCUUUUCUUGGUUGAUCGACUGUUGUUACAGCCGGCGAAGAAGGUCGCUCCGUUAAAAGGAGUGUCUGUCAUCGCCCGGAGGUGCCUGAGCGCUGGAGGAACCGCGAGCUCUAAUUUAUUCGAUCACCCGACCGAGAGCUCCAGUUCGAGUUCCCGGAUUUUGCAGAAGUUCGGAAGCGGGAUCAGAGCGAAUGGCGUGAAGAUCAGAGAGUCGGACCAGUUAGCACAGCAGCCGGGCAGUGGUUACGUUUUCGCGGUAGUCGUCGGUAAGCGAUUGAUUAUGGGAGAGCUUAAUAGUUCGGGUGGUUCAUUUGUGAUCUUGAAAGAGAUCCAGGCUAUCGAUGGGGUUAGGACAAUGGUGUGGGUGGACGAUUCCAUAAUUGUCGGUACGAUUAAUGGCUACAGCAUGUUUUCUUGCGUAACGGGGCAGAGCGGUGUAAUAUUUACACUACCAGACUCGUCUAAUCCACCUAGGCUCAAUUUAUUGCGCAAGGAGUGGAGGGUCUUGUUGGUAGUGGACAAUGUCGGGGUUAUGGUCGAUGUUAAUGGGCAACCAGUCGGUGGGAGCUUGGUGUUUCGACAUGGCCUUGAUUCAGUAACGGAGAUAUCUUCUUGUGUUGCUGCUGUGAGGGAUGGGAAGAUGGAUGUGUACCAUAAGAAAUCCGGGAGGUGUAUUCAGACUGUAAUGUUUGCCGGAGACGGUGUUGGGGGUUGUUUUGUUACCGAAGAGGACACCGGGAAUGGGAAUUUGAUUUUUGUAGCAACACCCACUAAGGUAUUUUGUUAUUUGGAAGUACCUUAUGAAGAGCAAAUCAAAGAACUCCUGAGGAAAAAGAACUUCAAGGAAGCUAUCACCCUUGUAGAAGAGCUUGAACAUGAAGAUGAAAUGCCAAAGGAUGUGCUAUCUUUUGUUCAUGCUCAAGUGGGCUUCCUCCUGCUGUUUGACUUGCAUUUUGAGGAAGCAGUGAAUCACUUUUUGCAGUCAGAGACAAUGCAGCCUUCCGAAGUUUUCCCCUUUAUAAUGCGGGACCCUAAUCGUUGGUCAUUGCUGGUUCCUAGAAACCGAUACUGGGGUUUGCAUCCUCCUCCAGCGCCUCUUGAAGAAGUUGUUGACAAUGGGUUGGUCACCAUCCAAAGAGCUUUGUUUCUUAGGAAAGCAGGUGUCGAAACUGCUGUUGAUGAUCAUUUUAUCUUGAAUCCACCCAACAGAGCCGAUUUAUUGGAGUCUGCUAUUAGGAACAUGAUAAGGUAUCUAGAGGCUUCUCGGAAUAAAGACUUGACUUUAUCUGUGAGGGAAGGCGUGGACACACUUCUUAUGUACCUUUACAGAGCCUUAAAUUUGGUGAGCGAAAUGGAAAAGUUGGCUUCUUCUGAGAACUAUUGCGUUGUGGAAGAACUGGAGAAUUUGUUAGAUGAAACGGGGCAUCUUAGGACGCUUGCUUUCUUAUAUGCAAAUAAAGGGAUGAAUUCAAAGGCUUUAGCUAUUUGGCGCAUUCUAGCCAGGAAUUACUCCUCCGGUCCACGGAAAGACCAUGUAAUGGAGAAUGGUCAGACUACUACGGUAACCAGUCUUUCUGCUCAAGAGAUUGCUGCAACUGAAGCAUCAAAGAUUCUAGAGGAGUGCUCCGAUCAGGAUCUGGUUCUGCAGCAUUUUUAUUGGAUUGCAGACAUCGACCAGGUACUUGCAGUUAAGGUCUUGACAUCAGAGAAAAGAGAGGAACAACUUUCGCCUGCUGCAGUGCUUGCAGCAAUUGACCCUAAAAAGAUUGAAAUACGGCAGAGGUACCUCCAGUGGUUGAUUGAAGAUCAAGACUCUAAUGACACUCAGUUCCACACAAUGUAUGCUCUAUCACUUGCCAAGUCAGCACUGGAGACUGUUGAAGAAGUCGUCUCUUCAAUAUCUAUUGGGGUUAAUCCAGGAGAGAUGAACUCUAAUGAGUCUGAAACGGAUGCAAUCUUUGAAAGUCCUGUCCGUGAGCGACUGCAGAUAUUUUUGCAAUCAUCAGACCUCUAUGAUCCCUUACAGGUUCUUGAGUUGAUUGAGAAUUCAGAGUUAUGGUUGGAGAAGGCUAUUCUUUACAGAAAACUGGGGCAAGAGACGUUGGUGCUUCAAAUUUUGGCCUUGAAGCUGGAGGAUAGCGAAGCUGCUGAGCAAUAUUGUGCUGAAAUUGGCAGACCUGAUGCCUAUAUGCAGUUACUUGAUAUGUAUCUGGACCCACAAGAUGGUAAGGCACCCAUGUUUAAGGCAGCUGUCCGCCUUCUUCACAAUCAUGGAGAAUCUCUUGACCCAUUACAAGUUCUGGAGACAUUGUCACCAGAAAUGCCCCUCCAACUUGCCUCAGAUACAAUACUACGAAUGUUCAGGGCUCGGAUUCAUCAUCAUCGUCAAGGGCAAAUUGUACAUAACCUUUCUCGAGCUGUAGACAUUGAUGCGAGGUUGGCAGUUCUAGAGGAAAGAUCACGGCAUGUACAGAUCAAUGAUGAGAGCCUGUGUGAUUCUUGUCGAGCCCGCCUUGGGACCAAACUCUUUGCUAUGUAUCCCGACGAUACCAUCGUCUGUUAUAAGUGUUUUCGUCGUCAAGGCGAGUCAACUUCAGUAACGGGACGUGACUUUAAGAGGGAUAUCCUGAUAAAACCAGGAUGGCUUGUCACCCGAUGAUCUUGCCUAGUGCCUGCUCGUUUCGUUGCAUUUUAUGGCUCAGACACUGGAGCUUUCAACUUUAUGAGUCGUGCAGGAGGGUGACCUUAAAAUUUUGAAGGGAUUCCAAGUUGUGAAUUCCAAGUUGUGAAUGCUGCCUAGUGCCCACACAGCAGAGUGCUGUUGAAAGCUGCGAGCAUGGCUGCCUCUGAGUUUUUCGUUGAGCAAAAUGAUGGAACGAAGGCAAUCGGCUGUGCACUGACUUAGGAGCAGAAAUUGGUCACACUUAUGGGUGUAUUUAUACUGUGCUUGCUGUAUAGUUUGGGAUUGGCCCCGUACAUCCAGUUUUCCUGGAUCAUGGGUAUGGUGGGAAUAGCGGAGUUGCUGUUGGUGGUGGUGUUUCAUGGCUUUUGCACUGUCACUGAGUGCUAACUCAACUGAUGGCACAACGCAGGGAUUUGAAUUGUUUAUAGCCACGAUCAUAUCAAUAGGGAGGGGGACAUGGUUUGCUGGUGAGCUAUUUCUGAAGUAAAUCAUGACAAUUGAUGCUGAGGGACUGCGGAAGCGUACCAUUUUCACAUUGGUCGUGCUUUUUUCCUUGGGAAUGCAGUUGCUGGAGCCCUGUGAGUAUGAGCUGGGAGCUCUAGAUACCUUCAUAAAGUCACUCCAUCUACCUUUCCUUCCAGUUAGAUCUCUCCCUCUCCCGCAAAUGCAUUUUAUGCCUGCAAUAAAAGUGUUAGAUCUAACUGCGAGGGAUCAAAGUAGUAGAGGAAGACAUAGAAUUGCAACACCCGAUGAGUGGUGGCAGAGGCAAGGAACUCCGUUAGUAGCAGCAGCAUGGCAACUGGCAAGGGUCCUAUGGUUUUGCUCAACAACCACACUGUCACGGAGAUGUCAAACCAUCAAUAACCGGAUCUUCUAGCCUCUUCUUGUGAAUUCAUUCUCUUGAGUAUGUAUUGUUGCCGUCUCUCUCAUGUAGAUAUGGAUAGGUGAACGGGACUAUACAUGGAUAGGUGAGCGAGACUCUUCGCACCAGUGAUCUUCAAUAGGUGAUUUGCAAUGUAUGGAGUAGCAGUGUGGAAUGUCAGCCAAAGCCUCCCGUUAUUAUUGAGGAGGUAGUGAAAAGUAGCGAAUUUCACUAAAGCCUCUCGAGUACCUAAUCUGAGUUUUAGGGAUUUCUCAA